UGUUACCAAGGUCACGACAGGAUGAGCAGCAAAGUGAAUUUUAGCUUCGAUAGCGUCUUGGGCGUCUACUAUGCCGGCCAGAUCGUAUCCGGCACAGCCGAACUCAUCACAGAGCGCCCCAAAACCAUACGCUCCAUCUAUAUAACCGUGAACGGUUUCGUGGAGACGCGUUGGCAGGAGAGUGUCGAAAAGCCUGGUGCUGAUGGCAAGCUGGUCAAGGCACUGGAGACGUAUACCACCACGGAGAUCUACUACAGCAGCGAUAAAUAUGUGUACGGCCAGAGCGGAGGAUCACAACUGGAGCUGCCCCAGGGCAAGUAUGUCUUUCCCUUUCAGGCCACUAUACCGCCCCAAGCGCCGACCUCUUUCAAUGGCACGCACGGACAGGUGAAACAUGAGGUGACCUUGACCAUAGAUCGCGCGGUGCGAUAUAAUAAUAUAUUCAAGCAGUGUUUUACGGUCAUACUGCCAAACGAUUUGAAUGCGAAGCCCGAGCAUUUGCAACCCUUGAAGCGCAUCGAGGAGAAAACCUUUUGGUGGGGCUCCAUAUUUGGCGGUAACAAGCCCAUGGUUAUGGACGUGAGCACUUCGUACAGCGCCUAUGUUCCUGGCCAGAAGAUCAACUUUCACAUCGUGCUGGACAACCAAGCGGAUGUUCAGUGCCAGGAUGUGAAGGUGCGUCUGUUCAAGAACGUGACCUAUCGCGGCAAAGCGGGCGAUAAGGAGCAAUUGAARACCACCGAGGUGCGUAUAGCCGAUAAGCACUGUGGCGAGGUGGAUAAGAACAAUAAGGCGAAAUUCGAUGAGUUUCUAAUGGUGCCACCCACAACGCCGACAACAAUGAACGAACGAGGUCCGAUUCGGGUUAGUUACACUCUUCGUUUCAUUGCCAAAACAUUCCGCUUGCAUGGCGGCGGGGAUCUGGUAGUAGAUUUUCCACUGGUCAUUGGAACUGUGCCAUUGCAUGGCAGUGCAGACGACAAAGGGCCGGGACAGAAGACAGAGGCACAGCCUAACACGAACGGCAGCUAUCAAGUGAUGGUUGCACCCACCUUCCAAGAGGAUGUAUGCACAGAACACUUCGAGUCGAACACGUAUAAGCCACGUUAUCCCGUCUAUAUACUCAGUGCUCAGCCGACAAAUGCGAAUGAUGCUAGGUCGCCAUUGCCCAGUCUUUAUCCAAGAGCCGCGGAUACUCUGCCUGCACCAUCAGUGAAUUACACACCAAAUCCUGUGUCGCCAGUAGCAAAUCCGUCGACAGGAGUUCAAAAGGCGCCGCCAUAUCCAGUCCAAGCACCUGCAGCUGUGCCAGCUGUUGGCAAUAAUUUUGAAGUGCUCGGCUUCAGCAUACCACCAGGCUAUCAGCCCACAGCUAGUGCACCGGCUGAUGCUUCCGGCAACAUUGGUUGGAAGUAGUUAUUGUGUAAACUAUGUAUUUAU